AUGAGAUUUUUCCGUUCGGAGGUCGAUGGGGACGGAGGACGAGAUAGAAGGAAGGAGACAGCAAUGGCGAAGACCGAUUGCAAUUUGCAAAGAGUUGGUUCCAAAAAUUCCAGCCACGAGAUUGGCUUAGGUCAUCCACGAGGAGGAAGGACUCAAUGGGCAGCGGCCGUGAAAAACGGAGGAAUAGCUAUCGGCCGAGGGAGCUUCGAACCUCACGAAGCAGAGGGUUGCUGCCGCAAAGCAGUACAUCGAGAAUCAUUACAAGGAGCAGAUGAGGAAUCUUUAGGAGAAGAGAGAGAGAGGACUUUCAUGGGGAAGACACUGGGACAAGAGUGGAAUUCAAAUAACACAAGCAAGCAAAUUCAUAUUAAGUUUUACAAGCCCGAAUAUCUCCGCUGCAAGUAUGGUUACACGCUGCAGAGCAGAUACUUUGACAGCAUGCGGUAUUUGUGCAAUUCACUUCGCACAAGUGAUUGGCAUCACACAGCUGUUUGCAUUCAGAGAGUUCAUCCGCCGCCACUAAAGCCACCGCCAGCAGGAUAA